UGGUCUGCCUUCCAGAUUGAAAUUUUAGAGAAAACAACUACUAUCUAUGAAGAAGAUAAGCGCAAUCUGCAACAGGAACUUGAGGCCCAGAAUCAGAAACUUCAGCAACAGUUUUCUGACAAACGCAGACUAGAAGCCAGGUUGCAAGGCAUGGUGACGGAAACAACAAUGAAGUGGGAGAAAGAAUGCGAGCGUCGAGUAGCAGCUAAACAACUGGAGAUGCAAAAUAAGCUCUGGGUGAAAGAUGAAAAACUGAAACAACUGAAGGCUAUUGUUACUGAACCCAAAACUGAAAAGCCAGAGAGACCCUCUCGGGAGCGGGAUCGAGAAAAAGCUGCUCAAAGAUCUGUUUCUCCAUCGCCAGUACCUCUUUCUGGUAACUAUAUUGCUCAGAUUUCCAACGGCCAGCAACUCAUGAGCCAGCCACAUCUACAUAGGCGCUCUAACUCUUGCAGCAGCAUCUCUGUAGCUUCCUGUAUUUCGGAAUGGGAGCAGAAAAUUCCUUCGUACAACACACCUCCCAAUGUCACAUCCAUUGCAAGGCGUAGGCAGCAGGAGCCAGGACAAAGUAAAACUUGUAUCGUGUCAGACAGAAGGCGAGGGAUGUGCUGGACUGAAGGCAGGGAGUUGGUUCCUACAUUCAGAAAUGAGAUAGAAGUAGAAGAGGAUCAAAGCGACAGGAACGCACCACCACUUCGUCUCCGACACAGACGAUCACGCUCUGCAGGAGACAGAUGGGUAGAUCAUAAGCCUGCCUCUAACGUGCAAACUGCAACAGUCAUGCAGCCACAUGUCCCUCAUGCCAUCACAGUGUCUGUUGCAAAUGAAAAGGCACUAGCUAAGUGUGAGAAGUACAUGCUGACCCACCAAGAACUAGCCUCCGAUGGGGAGAUUGAAACUAAACUAAUUAAGGGUGAUGUUUAUAAAACAAGGGGUGGUGGACAAGCUGUUCAGUUUACUGAUAUUGAGACUUUGAAACAAGAAUCACCGACUGGUCGAAAACGAAGAUCUUCCACAGUAGCACCUGCCCAACCAGAUGAUGCAGAGUCUGAAUGGACCGAUGUAGAAACCAGGUGCUCUGUGGCUGUAGAGAUGAGAGCAGGGUCUCAACUGGGACCUGGAUAUCAGCAUCAUGCACAACCCAAGCGCAAGAAGCCAUGAACUAACGUCUCGGUAACGAAAGAACAUUUUCAUUGUGCUGGUGAUUUUUCCAAAACCAUGCCAGGAGAAGUCCAGCUUUGUUGACUCUCACAGACCUCAGAUACAUUAUGCACUGGCCUAGAUCAAAGAUUUCCCAAAGACAUCUAGGAUUCAACAAACUUUUUAUAUUAUACGCCUUGCCAUAUUUAAUAUUAACAGCAAAGAGAAACCCUCUUUUCUCAUUGCCGUAUGGACCUUUUUAAUAAUGAUAUUUUUUGUAUAUUUCUUGUAUACUCAUAAACUAAUUCGUGCAAGUGUUUGUCUUGAGUGAUUAAGGAAGAAGAUAUAUAGAUCACACUUUCUUUUAUAUUGUGACUUUUCCAGCUCUUGCCUGAAUAUUUCUUAAGGUUUUAUAAACAAAACAAAUGCUGCUACUGAUUAGCUGCAAAAAUGCACUUUAGACAUAUUGGACAAUUCAGACUUUCAAAAUAAAGAUAUCAGUGACUGGCUCUGGC